ACGGUGAUGCGGAGUGUUAAUCAACGAAGAAGAACGGGAAAGAGAAGAAGGAACAUUCGAAGCACGUGACGAAAGGAAAGAUCGCGCGUAAAGACGUUGAAACGAAGAGAGACAACGGAGAAGAGGUUCAGACGUCUGCUAUUACAGAGCACCUCCUUGGUCACGGCGCACAGCCCGAUAUGGAGCAAUCUCAGAUUUCCAUCCGCCCAAAUCAAGAAUAUACGCCCUCGCCUCCGCUUGCCCUUCUCCCUCUAAGGGGGAGCCUCUGCUCAUCUUCUUCGUCACCGCUUCGGUCGCUGUGCUCGUCUUCGUCUUCGCGGCGGAGGUGGAGGCGCUCUGUUCGGGGUUGGUGCUUGCCCGUUCGUGCUGGUAACAGUGCCAAAACUGCCUCAAAACGGACUGCUACGCGUUCCUUCUUUCUCUCUUUCUCUCUCUCUCUCUCUCUCUCUCACUCUUUUUUUCUGCCUCCCUCUUCUCUAACCAUCUUUCUCUUUCUUCACACGUUUCAAGUUCUUCCUUCUUCUAUCGGUGUUCUUCUGGUUCGCGGAUAACCCGUCUCGCAGAAACACGUGCCCUCCAUCCGCUUCUCACCUUCCUUCCUUCGACCACCGUCUCCAUUUUGCUGCGGCCACACUCGUUCACCAUCCUAUCGUCGUUUUCCGGUCGAUUCUCGUGUGACAUCCCCGGUGGCCGAGACAACAAGUGUCCGCAGUCGCGAAUCGCGUCAUCUACUUUCGUGCACCAGUUUACCCUUCUGUUUUCUGGAUAACGCGAGUGAUUAACAUCUGCAGAGGAUUCUUUUCCACGACGAAUGCUCGUUAUCUGCUUGACGAGAAGCUUUCGAGGGAACAAGGGCCAUCAAGCAGCGAGCGUUCAUGUUGCCAGAAAGCAAGUUUCCCGUGACAGGGGGCACUAUGCAGACCGAGGAAGUCGUGCCUCGUGCACAAUCUACUGGGAUAGACAGUGGCCCCACAGACAGCACCACUCUGCAGCAUCAUCUGCAUCACUCGUCGCAGAUAAAGUGUCCCUUACCACCUCUGCUCCACAUGGCGGUCAAGCAGGAGCCCCAGGAGGAGGAGGAACGUAGUCGUGACACGAAUGCGUUGAGUCCACAAGUAGAUGCAGAUACGUCACUGACAUCUGUCGAUGGCAAACAUGGCCAUGGACACGAAACGGAUCAGAUUCAGGAGCUGGAGGAAAGUCCAGGGCAGACGGUUUCGGAUCUCACUAACAGAGGAAGACCAAGUCGAGGUCGCAGGAAGUCGCGAUGGAAGUUGAAGUUCCAUCACCAAGCCCUGCCACCAGAGUACCUGGACCACUACGAAGCAUCGCUCGCUCAGGAAGCUUUAAAUUCCUCCCCGACGCACUUGGCGGAGCCGACGAUUCCGAGUCCUGCGCCUAUCAACUCCACCUCCAUCCCAAGUCCGAUCGCUGAUGUGCACGGCUGGCUGCAACGGAUCGCCGCGAUGCAACAGGAACUAUGCCCGCAGAUCCCGUCUCCUCAGUGCCCGACGAGCAACUCGAAUCAGCCAUCGGGCUCUAGAAGAUCGGUGAUAACCUCCACUUCGUCCCACACCUUCAACUCGACCCACCAUAAUCACAGUCAGUCGCAGUCCCAAACAUCUGGCAGGCCACCAAUGAAAUACUCGGACCUACCUUACAUGGGCGAGAUCACGUUGGAUAACAGUAAGCCUAGAAGAGGUAGGAAGCCGAAGAAGGCAGACAUUUGCCAUUUAAUUUAUAAGAAUUACGGCACCAUACUUCCCGGGACACCGGGCCACGAGGAGAAAAGGCUGUCACCUAGGGACAAGCUCGACUGUCGCGAGAGGAUUUCCCCUCAGAUUCCCUUCCAGAGAAGCGAUGUUCAAAAUAGAAUUAGUAGCCUGUUGGAGAAGAGACUGACCCAGGAGUCGCGUAGGACGUUCGGGCUGAUGGAGAACUCGAAGGAGCAGGACGAACCUCUGAAUCUCUGCAUCAGAGAUCUGAACCAACUGAAGAUCAGGCUAUUGCGAAAGCAUGGCAACGUGUACGAGUCUGGACAGGUGAAGAGUGACACCUCCAGUGACGGGGAAGAAGUUGAGUGUAUAGGUGGUACAACUUAUCCUCCGGAGCCAGCUUACCGUUCCCUCGAUCCUCUUAGUCGCAACAGCAGCAAUAUAAAUCAUAAUAACAACAUAAUAGACCCGAUGCUGGGUGGCAAUCCUGGUUUCGUGUACUGGCCCAACGCUGGAGUGUUCAUUCAUCCAAUGGCGUUGCAAUCCCAGCUCCUCUACUACCAGAAGAUGGCUCAGAACAGCAAGUGUUAUCCAAGGACGAUAGAGCAAGCUCCGAAAGAGCAGAAGAUCGUUCCCAAGUCCAUUUACUCGAUGCUGGAGACGAAGAGUCCACCUCUCGUACCUCCGUCCGCCCAACCACCGCCUCAGACAGUACCUUUGCCACCUCCCGUCUCGCCCAGACCUAAAAGAAAUGCGCCAAUUAAUCAAAGCCAAGGUCAGCCGACCAAGCGGAAGCGUUCUGCGAUAUUCAUACCCCCGAUGCCCACGGAGAACAAUAAUAAUCCCGCGACCGAAGUGAGCAUAUGUAAAUUCAAGUUCACCGGAGGAGCGAAACCGAGUCUCCAGGAGAAGAAGAGUCUGUCGGUUGACUCUGGUGGUAACUUCAGAUACUACAGCGGUACCGGUGACAAAAGUAUGCGCGGUUACGAGUUCUUCCCUAGAGAAGCACUUCAGCAGUCCGCCGGACAAUCCGGCUCGUCGACUGGCGCUUUUCUGAACGCCGCCGGCGAGAGGAUUCAACCGGCACCCUGUCAGAGGAGCAGCAACCAGGAGGAGGGUCGUCGCAAGAGGAAGACACGGAAGUCUCUGCAGAGGGAGAAACUCGAGCAGACGUUCAAGGAAAAGGGUUUCCUUAUUCAAACCCAGCAACUGGAGUCCGCCGAGGGUGCUACCUAUUGUAAGUUCAGGCAACUCCGGAAGUUCACUAGGUAUCUGUUCAGAAGCUGGAAGGACUAUCUCCCAGGUAAUGUGCGCGAGCUGACUGGUAACACCGAGGGGGAAAUCGCCGACGGGGAUGUCGAGAGUGAUACUAAUGUGUUACCCUCGCCUGUUCCUCACCCUAAUAUGGUGGACGUGUCCACUGGGUUCGUCGAUGAACAUAGAGCUCUGCCUCUGACGUGAAACGUGGAAAUUGCUCCCCGAGACGAUCGGUCGGUUUUAAUUUGACGUUGCUGGAUUAGCGGUGUCCUGGCUGGGGGGAGGAUCGGAGGAUGCGUGUGGAUAGUCGGGUUGGGAAAUGGUUGGUUCAGGAAAUUUUUCCUUUGUUAGGGGUAUCAAGAAACGCUGACAAAAGUAUUUGCUUUCGUCAGGAUUAUAAAUUAAAGGAAUUUAUAAAAUGUAUCGUAUGCGUUCACAGUUCACUUGGAUCACUUUUGUGGACUGCUCAUAUGUGUUCAUAGUAUACAAAAAAGUCGAGUGUGAUUAGGCUGAAACCUUGAUUUGAAUUUCAUUACAUUCGCUUGUUGAUUUACAAAGGAAAUCAUUGGUAAUUGAAAUCGAAAGCCAACACAUCGUGAGAAAUAAUAACGUUUAAAAUUGGUACUUGAAUAUAUUUCAUCAAUGAUCGCAUAUAGCACAAGGAUUUUAUCGUCAUCUCGUUAUUAUUAUUCUUCGCGGGCGUCUUGUACGCUGUUCAUAAUUGUGCAAAAAAAGAGUCGCGCAGGUAUGGAGAUAUGAUAAAGUUCGUUACUGAUAUCGUGCAAAUAUACCAGUAAAAAAAUAGUAUUUUUUAUCAUUUUUAUGAAAGAAUUAUUCGUAAUUGGCUUUGAAUUACAGUCUUGUAAAUAACACUUUUAAUAAUUUAGUAACAGAAAAACAGUAAUACCUGAUCUAUUAAUCAUUAUGAAUCUGUAUAAACGUACAGUUUAUUCUUACGCAAUAGCAAUGAAACGUUACGUGAAUUGUAGUUAACCUUCGUUUAACAAGAAAUAACCCUGUACGAUAUUGUAAAUAUCGUGAACAUAUCAAGUACAUAAUUAUAUUAACAAAUCUUCAGAAGUACUUGAGUCAUUGCUAAUUCAUAAGAACAUUGUCUGUGAUUCAAUGAAACAAAUAUUAUUAUUCUUUUCGAUAAUUUCAUUGAUUUUAAUAAGUUUCUUGAUUUGUAAAUCAGCAGGCGAGUGCAUUGCUAUUGAUACAUCGCAUAAAAGCAGUCGGGUAUUCUGAAAAUUUCCAAUCCUAAAAAGACUGGAAUUGAAUUAUUUUAUAACUAAUUAUUAUACAGAAAAAGUGAUUAAAUUUUUCAAGAUGAUUCGAUAUAUCGGUCGCUAAGAAGAGCCUAAUUCGUUGAAGAAUUUUAAUUACAAAAGCUGAGCGCCGUAAGAGGAGAAGAACAGAGGAAACAGGUGGCGACGUAAUCGUUUUAAUAAUAAUGUAAAUUCGAUCGUAGCUCCGUGCCAAAGAUGGGAGACUGGAAUGUACAUAGUGUUGAAAGAACCGUGUUAACCAAAGAGUGGUUUCGUGCUCGACGAUUAGAAGCGGAUGCAACGAUAAUCCGCUCGAAGGGGCGUGAGCCGAUAAAUUCAGCUUUCUAUCGGCUCGAGUUGUUCGCGAGACCUUUCCUCGAGCCGAUUUUGCAAUGCAUUUUGUAGAAAGAGAGAAGAAAUGAGAAUGAAACUCUAGAAACGAAGGCGAAACGAGCAAUGCCCGUUAUCAUUAUUAAUUAUCAUUAACGAAAUCUAGUCUUAUUUAUACUCUUUGUUAUGUAAAUCAAAAGCCGUGCUUUUUUUUCUUUUUUAUUAUUAUACACAUAGCGAUUUAUUUAUGUAUGUACAUAAUUAUCGACGCGUGACGUUUAAUUAAAAAAUAAAUAAACGUGUAUACGUGCGAUUGAUAAGUAUGGGACGAACGAUGAAAACGCGAAUGAAACGAUCGUACCUGAGGCUCGUGGCGUGUCUUUAAAUGGGACACGUAUUUGCUGAUUUCUCGUUUUCAACAUCGUCCGUUUUGUAAAUUCUCGACGAAGCUCGAUAGAAAAAAAGGUAAAACGCUCAAAGGAUGUUUAUGGAGGAAUAAAACGAGGGAAAGUGCAACAGGAACCGUCCUAUGUCUGUAUCGUUUAUUGUCCUGUGCAGCGACACGUAGAACUAUUUUGUACGUACUGUCGAUUGUAGAGAGAUUAAAUUCUUAUAGUCUGUAAUAAUAAAACACAUAAUUGUUACUGAUA